ACCUCCUUACUACUGUUGAUCCAAAACCAGUUAUUUCCUUUGGCUUUUUUUUUUUUUACUUUAAAUCGUUUUUGUUCUUCUCUUGUUCGGUUUGGUCUAAUUGACCCAAUGUUCUUGUCUGAAGAAGCUGAUCAGUUCGAGUUACCGGUUCAAGAAAUCAGCUUCACACGCGAAGAGCUCGAGGAGUUGUUAUCUUUUCUUGAAUCAAAAGAACCGGUUAAUCCAAACUCCGGUUCAGAAGGCUCGGCUCAGGUGGUAUCUUUUCUUGAAUCUAAUGAACCGAUUAAUCCAAACUAUGGUCCGGAAGGUUCGACUCGGGCGGUGUAUUCGGCAGAUGAGAGGAAGAAAAGACGGAUGGUAUCAAAUCGGGAAUCUGCGAGGCGGUCCCGUCGGCGAAAAAGGGUGCACUUGGAGAACAUCACGGACGAAGUUAACCGGUUGAGCAUAGAGAACCAGCAGAUUAAAAACCGACUCAGUUGGGUCAUAAAUCAGUAUCACAGUGUUUGGCGAGAAAAUGAAGCGUUAAGAUCCGAAUCCGUAGCUCUUUGGGCCAAACUAUUGGAUCUUUAAGGGAGUUUUGCCACCAUGCCACCACGAUACCCUACACUCCAUUAAACCUUUUAACUUUAAAACUAAACCUAUGAAAUUAAACUCUAAUCGAGUAUUGAAUUUUCUAACACAGGAAA